GGAGCAGGCCGGGAGUGGCGGUGACUGCGCCAUGGACGGCGGCUUCGGCUCGGACUUCGCGGCCGGCGGCGCGGGCGGGAAGCUGGACCCGGGGCUCGUCAUGGAGCAGGUGAAGGUGCAGAUCGCCGUGGCCAACGCGCAGGAGCUGCUGCAGCGGAUGACGGACAAGUGUUUCCGCAAGUGCAUCGGGAAGCCGGGCAGCUCUCUGGACAACUCGGAGCAGAAAUGCAUCGCCAUGUGCAUGGACCGGUAUAUGGAUGCCUGGAACACAGUCUCCCGAGCCUACAACUCCCGGUUGCAGAGGGAGAGAGCCAACAUGUAAUAGGCUUCCAGCAGGCCUGGUAACACCCGUCUGUACCCUCUUCUCUGGGAGAAGAGAACUGAAUUCUGAAUAAAUAGAAAUGGACCUUCUUAAAAAUGAAAGGAAUGACCAGUUUGGAUUGUGGGACUGAGAUCUCUGUGAUUUGGCAAUUCCAGCUCUCAUCAUGCCAAAGCAUAAAUCCCCAUUGAACUGUUUAUAUUUUUACCCCAUAUUAAUCUGCUUGGGCUCAAUAUCCCCUGACUAGCAUGAAGCCUGGGAGAAAUCUGGCUGGACUGCAAGUUAUUUCCAUACUCUCUCCCAACACUUGUGAGACUGCCAGGGUUUUGCUUUAAGACCCUGGAUGGACCCCCAGGCCCUCUCUGACACUGGUUAAGGAAAGAGCUACAAGGUGCAUGGAACCCUUUGAGAAAGAUAGGGCAUUGAGCAACCCCUUUAUGUGCCUUUCCCCAGGAAGCAAGUGUGAGUCUGUAUAACAGCUUUAUCCUGCUGGUAUUGGCUGUGGGUCUGGUGCUUCUGGUACAGAAGGUCAGUCAGUCCUAGGGACAUAGUUUUAGUGGAUUAAAAAAGGUUCUGAGUUUCUGUAGGUGAGGGUGAGAGGCCCAUCUGGCCAUUAUACUGUUAAGUGCUGCAAACUAGCCUGUGGCGCAGGAUGCUGGUAAUGCUACAUCUACAGUGAGAUUGUGCUAUCCUUGCUGUACCCUCCUCAUCAGCUGGAAGUUGAAUGUUUUGGACUUUGUGUCCCAAUUUGCCCCUAUAAGGAGUUCAAAUUCUGACUCCCACCAUCCUGUCCCAGACUGAUUAGUAUUGUCAUUUGUUUUAUGAGACUGUCACUGUUUCCAUGUGGCCUGCUGGUUUCUUUCUGAUAUUGAGGAGACUGGUAGAAAAUCUAUAAAGAAUAUGAACAGAGAGCACAAACCUGCAUGGAAUUGUGUAGUAAAGAUUAAAGGAGCUGAAUUCAGCCACCUAACUAA